UUAAAGACCAUAUUUUAUUCCAUGUUUUGUACAGGCGGUUACAGUAGACAGAGGAGCUGACGUAAAUUGUGUGAGAUAUAUCUUAGCCUGAUAGUCAAAUAUGAGAGCUAUGGAUGUAAAACUAGUCACAAGACACCAUUUGGACACAUUAGCGUACUGUUCAUCACACUUCCAUUUGUGUUGCUCAAAGAAUUGAAAAAAAUAUUUUGAAGAAAUGGAACUAUUUGUAAAUUUCGUGACGACAAAAACUAAAAACUCACAGUGGCUUAUCCAGAGACAUUUCCGGAAAAAUUGUUACUGAGCCAGUUCUCAAAUAGCCUUACCACUUCCUCAUAAAGCACAUUGCAGAAUGAGGCCGUGGGUCGUGCUUGUCUUUGCCGUCUCUCUGCUGCUUUCUUGUGAAUCACAAGGGCCCAGUGCUGUGACUCCUGUGUUUGUGCAGAAGGGAGGGGAUGUGCUUCUGAAAGUUGAUGCUGAUGUUCCUGAGGACUUUAUUUCGUUUGAGUGGAACUUCAAUACAUCGGCCAUUUUAGCAAUAUUUCGACCUGGUAGAGAACCAUCAGUCUUUCCUGAUUACACUGGAAGGGUUGAGUUUCCUGACAAAAAAUACUCUGUGAAAUUAAAGAAUCUAACAGAGGCAGACAGGGGAGUUUAUACUGCACGAGUGGUAUUGGAUCGAGGAGACCGAACACUAGCUGAAUACAAAGUCACAGUUCAAGAUCCAGUGUCUCCAGUUGAACUGACAGUGAUCUCAGUGGACUCCAGAAGCUCAGAGUGUGACCUCACUGUGACCUGCAGAACACAGGACUCUCACAUUAACAGCACUUUUAGAUGUGACAACCAAACCUGCAGUCAGGAGGGAGGAGAGCAAUCAGAGGUCACAACCUCUGGUGCUUCUCUCCGCAUCUACCUGUUGAAUGGCUCAAUCAUCUGUAACCAUAGCAACCAGGUCAGCUGGACCGAGGACAUUGAAAUAAUUGAACAUGUUUGCCUCCAACCUGAUGAUCCUAAACAACAUGCCAGCAAUGUCACCGGGGCUUUUGUUGCUGUCCAAAUUGUCAUUUUCGUCUCUGCUGUUCUGUCAGGCCUGUUUUGUUAUUAUCGAAAGCUAGGAAUCUAUAACAGAGGGAGCAUCGAAAAUACAGUAUAUGAAAUACCACAGAUCGGAACUACAGCCCAACCUCUGGAUCAGAGUCCAACAGAUGAUGCUUCAGGUCUUUCUCCAACCUCCACCUACUGCUUGGUAGGACCUCACACUGGACCCCCGGAUCCAGAUAAGACUAGAGACACGUCUGUGCCAGAGAGCCUGUAUGCUCCGGUAGAAAAGUCUGCCAUGUCCUUAAACAAUUAAAGUUGAAGUCUGUCACUUUGAGUAUAUAUGAUGAAAAAGUUAUUUUCAUAUAACUGUCACUAUAUCCUGUAAAUAGUGCAUGAGACAAAUAAUCUGUUAAAAAACAAAAAAAACAACAACACA